AUGUCGCUCUCUCGAACCACCUUUGCCGCUCUUCGCAUCGCCGCAUCGCCUUGCGCCGUCGCCGCUGCUGCUGGUGGUGGUCGCCGAACGCUCACCACCUCUGUGGUUCGUCGCACAGACGACCCUCGCGUACUCGACAAGGAAACUCACUCGGGUGCCUCGGUCAAGGCUGACAAGCACUCGAAAGACCCCAACACGUUGCAGCGCGAAACUGCCAACUCUGUCAACAACCAGGAAAGCGCCUUCUCCGGGAGCAGCAAGCCCACCGCUAGCCCUAACGACACGCCCACCCUUUCAGAGGAUGCUGUUCACGGCGAAAAACACAACAAGUCUCCGGAGCAACUGCAGAAGGAAACCGCGCAAAAGAUCAGAGGUAACUGA